CGGGCGGUGUAAGUAACACACGUUUACAGCUAGCUAGCCGAGCCGCUAGCAUCAGCAAACACUACGUCUCAGAAACCACCGGUGUUAAGAGUUGCGUUGGAUUUUGGUCGCAGCCCCGCAAACCUUGAAAAAACACCCAACUUGUAACUUUCGUUUUAAAUGCUAGCUGGCAAGCUACUUGACAAAGACAUCUCAUGCUCGGGCUACAAGCGGUGGCUGAUGGAUCUUCUAUUAAAACCUCAUGGCGAUGAGCGUGGCGAUGUUUAACGAAGAGCUUUGGAUACACAGAGAGUGGCUGGUCCACCAGAGACACCAUCAGGGACCGGAGCACAGAUAACAUCUUCCAUACUGAUAAACCAUGAUCCCCAUCACUGAGCUGCGGUACUUUGUGGACACUCAGCCAGCGUACCGCAUCCUGAAACCAUGGUGGGACGUGUUCACCGACUAUAUCUCCAUUGUUAUGCUCAUGAUUUCCGUGUUUGGAGGGACAUUGCAGGUCACCCAGGACAAGAUGAUCUGCCUGCCCUGCAAAUGGGUGGUCAAUGAGACCUGCAAGAAGAACUUCAAUUACUCCACCGCACCGUUCCUCGAGCCCAAAGGGAUCCAGUACGAUCUGGACCGCCACCAGUACAACUAUGUGGACGCUGUGUGCUACGAGAACAGAUUGCACUGGUUUGCCAAGUAUUUUCCCUACCUAGUAUUACUCCACACCCUUAUUUUCCUAGCAUGCAGCAACUUUUGGUUUAAGUUUCCACGGACUAGUUCCAAACUAGAGCACUUUGUGUCCAUCUUGCUGAAAUGCUUUGACUCCCCAUGGACAACUAGGGCACUGUCAGAGACGGUGGUCGAAGAGAGUGACCCAAAACCGAUGAAGAUGAACGGCUCAAUGGACCACAAGGAGUCGGUAAUCAGUGAGGAUGUUGAAGCAAGUGUCCCUAUGCUCCAAAGGACAAAGACGCGCUUUGAGCAGGGCAUUGUAGAUCGGACGGAGACGGGGGUUCUGGAGAAAAAAGAGGGCGAACAAGCAAAAGCCCUUUUUGAAAAAGUGAAAAAGUUCCGUAUACACGUUGAAGAGGGGGACAUUGUGUACAGGCUGUACAUCCGUCAGACUAUCAUCAAAGUCAUCAAGUUCAUAUUGAUCAUCUGUUACACAGGGUAUUAUGUGCACGAUAUUAAAUUCAGCGUUGACUGUUCAGUAAAUAUCGAGAGUCUGACGGGUUACAGCGUGUACCGCUGUGCUCAUCCGUUGGCCACACUUUUUAAAAUCUUAGCCUGUUUUUACAUUAGCUUAGUGGUGGUGUAUGGCUUGAUCUGCAUGUACACACUUUGCUGGAUGCUCCGGCGCUCUCUAAAGAAAUACUCCUUUGAGUCAAUACGGGAAGAGAGCAGCUACAGUGACAUACCCGAUGUGAAGAAUGACUUUGCAUUCAUGUUGCACAUGAUCGAUCAGUACGACCCUCUGUACUCUAAACGCUUUGCCGUGUUCCUCUCGGAAGUGAGCGAAAACAAGCUGAGGCAGCUGAACCUUAACAAUGAGUGGACAUUGGACAAGCUCAGGCAGAGGAUAACUAAGAACUCUCAGGAGAAGUUGGAGUUGCACCUUUUCAUGCUAAGCGGCAUCCCAGACACUGUGUUUGACCUGAUGGAGCUGGAGGUCCUUAAACUGGAGCUUAUCCCAGAUGUCACCAUCCCCCCGAUCAUCGCCCAGCUGAUCAACCUGCGGGAAAUGUGGCUUUAUCACACACCAGCAAAAAUCGAAGCUCCAGCGUUGGCUUUUUUGCGCGAGAACUUGAAGUCCCUGCACAUCAAGUUCACUGACAUCAAGGAGAUUCCCUUAUGGAUCUACAGUUUAAAGAAUCUGAGUGAGCUCCAUCUGACCGGGAAUCUCAGUGCGGAAAACAACCGUUACAUUGUCAUUGACGGGCUUCGGGAGCUCAAGAGGCUCAAAGUUCUGCGUCUGAAGAGCAAUCUCACCAAGCUACCUCAGGUGGUGACUGACGUGGGCAUGCACCUCCAGAAGCUUUCCAUCAACAACGAAGGCACCAAGCUGAUGGUGCUCAACAGCCUGAAGAAGAUGGUGAACCUGACAGAACUGGAGCUCAUUCGCUGUGAUCUCGAACGCAUACCGCACUCAAUCUUCAGCUUGCACAACUUGCAGGAGAUCGACCUGAAGGACAACAAUCUGAAGACCAUUGAGGAGAUCAUCAGCUUCCAGCACCUCCAUCGGCUCGUCUGCCUUAAGCUCUGGUACAACCAGAUUGCCUACAUUCCCAUUCAGAUUGGCACCCUGACACACCUGGAGAAGCUGUACCUGAACAGGAACAAGAUUGAGAAGAUUCCCAGCCAGUUGUUUUAUUGCCGCAAGCUGCGCUUCUUGGACCUGAGCCAUAACAACCUGACCUACAUCCCUUCAGACAUUGGAACCCUGCAGAAUCUCCAGUACCUGGCAGUGACAGCCAACAGGAUUGAGAGUCUACCAAAUGAGUUGUUCCAGUGCAAGAAGCUUCGCACUCUGAAUUUGGGGAGCAAUUGUCUGCACUCUCUGCCAUCGCGGUUCGGAGAGCUGACUGGUUUGACCCAGCUGGAACUGAGAGGAAACCGUCUGGAAUGUCUGCCCGUGGAGCUGGGCGAGUGCCGACAGCUGAAGAGAACCGGACUUGUGGUGGAGGAGGACCUCUUCAACACGCUUCCCACGGAGGUUAAGGAACAGUUGUGGAAAGUCGACAAAGAACAAGCUUAAACAGGUCACAGUGUCACUGUUAGUGAAAUCGGAUACCCGCCGACUGGGCCCCGACACUGGAGGAAUACUGGAGGACAUGCUGUCCCAGAGGGCUUGCUAAAGGCGGCGGUAAACCUGCCGCAGUGUACUGCCCGUGAGGUUGGGUGAUCGAGAACCAGUGCCAGUUUGGCAAAACCAAAAUACUAAGUGUGGUAGCUUCUGGUUGUUCUCUUAGUUCCGUACUGUCCAGUAGAUUCUUUCUCUUCCCUCACACUCAACUCCUCAGAAUUAUGCUUUUCAGCAAUAAUGUAGCAGGUGCCGUUGUGAUUAUUUUAUCCUUCUCAAUUGUGGUGAAGAAGUUUGAAUACUUCAAAAUGUGGGUCAACAGAAAAUGGAAAUAAUAAAAAGUUUCCAAUAGGGUUGGGCUGAUGGACGAUGGCGGUGGGCCCCUCCCCCGCUCGACUCUGACAGACGGUUGCAGACUGCCAUGCACAGAUUCUCUACUAUAGUGUUUACUAUACUACAAUUUCAGAGUCGACUAUAACCUAGAAAUUUGCCAGAGAUACACUUGAGCCGUAGAACUGAUGAAUAUGUAGGCUAGGCUACUUUAAGGAGUAUCGCCUGACGCCCGGGCCUUAAUGACUGGAACAACUUGCGUUUCAUUUUGGCACACAUGCUGACAGAUAGGAGCGGCCACACUGAAGCUGUGCUGCUCAUCUAGAGAUGAGAGGACUCGCCGAUCUUCUGCUUACCACACGCGGGUCAUAGCAAAAUAGAAAGUAAAAAUUAUCUUUCACCACAGUUUUAGGCAAUCACCACAAUUAUCUGUUGAAUGUGUCACAAACCUAAAUGUUUGCAACACAUCUUGUACCCGUUUUAAAAAUAAAAGCACUCCAGCGUGUCUGUUGACUCAAUCCAUUCAUUUGUUUUAACAAGGCUUUGACUGUUGAUGAACCAGAAGACACAGGGCUUGAUGCCAUAGUGUCCUGGCAUUUAGUUGAGUACACAAUCCAACUUUUAUUCAAGGAAAUACAGUAGUUAAACCAGCAGCUCUGCUGCAGAACCGCAGCAGACACGCUGCCAGUGUAAACAGCCGCGACACGCAGCAGAACCGUGGCACAGCCGAGCAUCUACAGCCAGUACAAACCUACAGAAGGAAGAGAGUGAAUUCUGACGUUCUCUGCUAUUCCCGUCUUAAACAAAUAGCCUCCUAAUCGUUAUAUCGUUACGAACCCCUUUCACAAUAGCUCCCCUUUGGGCAUCGUCCAUUGCGAUGUUUCACAGCAUACAUCGUCAUUUGCCAAUUAAGUUAACAUCGCCCAACCCUAGUUUCCAGUGUUUAUUUACCCAAAGCAUUAGGUUCUUGAUCAAGAUUGAUCACACUACUGAAAUAAUUUGUCCAGUGAAAUCAGGAGGUAGCAAAGUGAUCUCUGAGACGUCUCCCUCCAAUCACGUGCUCCAGUGUUUUUGAUCUUUGUUACACUCCUAACUGUACUGUAGCAUGCAUAAGUAAGAAUAUGAAAUUGUUUAAGGCAAGACGCUGAAACUCUUUAUUAUGAUCGGGAAAAAAAUAAGGUAAUAUUCACAACAAUUUUAAUAUAGUUGUAUGGAAUGACCUGUAUCAAUCACAAGCAUACUACACAGUCAAGUUAGAAUCAGAAGUUUGGCUCUUUCAUGGAUUUUAUGUCUGUGUCGGUUGUCCAGAACUGACCUGAAACAAGUUUUAGCUCAGGUCUUAAGUGAGUCUCCUUCAGAGGGAAGGUUUUGCUUAAAAAAUGUUGAAAUGAGAGCAUGACACAAAAUCCCUGUCGCGAAAGAUGCUGAACUCCUUGUCUGUGAGGAGUUGUUGGACGAGGUGGGAAGACGAGGGUCAUUGAGGACACAGUGCGUGUGCUACACAGGAGGAGGUGUGGUCUGAGGCUGGCCUGAGUUUUGAUAGCAAUACAUUUGUGUAUGAGGAGCAUUACAAAACAUUAACCUGCACACAGUUUAGUUAGUGGAGAAUCUUCUGUCAGUAUGCUAAUGAGUGGGAAUGUGAGCAUGGCCACGCUGCAUUAAAAAAGUUAGUUUGCCAUGAGUUGCACAAAACAAAAUGAACAAAUUUUGGGGAAAUGCUGACAAGCUUUGCUUAACGGAUACACAAACCCUUUAUUAGUUUAAUAACUAUGCUGUCUUGGAUAUGUUGGUCUACAUGUGUACACUGAUAGUCGAUGACAUGUCUUCACAUCUGUUGUCUGAGCACCUGGCCAUUCGUGUUCAUGUAAUGUUCAUGUAACAUUGUAAUAUCAUGUUUGUAUCUUAAUAAGGAAAUUAUCAUUUUAAUCUCACUGAAAUGCAUUAAUAUAUUGAGCACCUGUGCUUGAGUUUGAAGCCAUCGUCAUUGUAAUCAAUAUUAAGUGAGUUGAAUUAUAAUUGUAUCUAAUUUUCUAUGGGAAAGAAAGAACAUUGCAAUAGGUUCCAACAUACUCUGGCCAUUUCUGACAUUUUAAAGUGCAAUUUAAAACUUUUGAUUUGACUUUAAAAAGUAUAUAAGUUAUUAAUAAACAAGCCACAAUCCACUUUUGUCAUUAAUUUCAGUGGAACAAAAACCCUUGUUUUUAGGUGAAUUUUCCUGUUUCGAUAAUGCUCCUUUAACAAUAACAGUGAAACACUUCACUGCUUUCCACCACGUUAAGAUAGCGAGGCGUCAACAUCGCCUCUGAAAAUGCUUCACUUGAAAACCAACUUACCUACGGGGAGUCGGCAUUUUCUAUUUAAACAACACAGGCACUAGACUGCGUUGGUCUGAAACCAAUUAAGACACGUGUCAUGAUUGGCACCGCUUUGCACGGGCUGUAAAAUAAAUGUCCUUAUAUGGAACAGUGAUCAUAGCGUAGCAGUGGAGUUAAGAUUUCUGUUCAGGAAGUUCAACAAUAUCCCUGUCAGGGAAAUAAAAAAAGACAAAAUGCUAGAAAAGAAGAGAAAAAAUGAUUCUUAAAGCCAUAUUUACAAAGUAAUAACUUAUCAUUUUAACUUAAGAGAUAGUUAAGACUAACUUGUCACCUUAAUUUAGUGUUUUACUUCCCUUAUCACAAGCAUGUAAGGGCUGGCUAGAAUCCACGUGAUGUAAAUUUCAUCAGCAGGUGUACGAGACGUCCUUGUGCUGCGUGUUCUCCUCAAAGCACACGAGACAGAUCGUGUAAUAAGAAAAACACGUGUGUCUGUAAGAACUAUACUGACACGUGUAAUUAAGCUUCACAAUGUUUUCUUAACCUAUCACAGUUUUUACUUGAUUUCUCAUAAUUGUAGAAGAUGUUAUGAUCAUGUUUAUAUAUAUUUGUUUUUGUGUCCCAUCAUUAUUGGGCUUCCGUACUCUCCAGGUCAGGUCGUGUCAUUGUCGCCAUGUUUGUUUCUCUGGUUUCAAAGUGUGAUCAUUUCUAGAGACGAAGUUUCAAACUUUUUUUUGCCUUCGACAGACUUUUACUUCACUUGUGUUUCGUUGCCACCGUUUUGCAGCGUGAUGCUCAAAAUGUGGAAUUCAAGAUCAAUGCAGAGCUCUGACACAGUUCAACACACAACAGGGGCUCCUGUGUUUACUCUGAGAAUUAAAAAAGAAAACAACCUUCAGUCUACGUUUUAAUAAACUUAACUGCAAGAAAACUCCGAACUAGCAAUAUACAAUAACUGGGCUCAAAAACAUUGGAAUGGUUAUUGUGCAUGUAUUUCACGAACAUGUUAAACUAUCCUUUACUGUGCAAUAUUGCCUUUAUUUAAACUAUGUAAACGUCAGAAGUGAUGUUAGUUCUCUGAUGUGCAUGGACAUUUAAUACUGUCGCACUCAUUUUAACAAGGUGAUGGUGAAUUUCAAGUGGAGUUGAUUAGAGGGGCCGGGGGGAUGCUUUUGCACUAUAGCACCUCUGCCACAUGUCACAUUUAGGUCAAUGCAAACACUGGUAAACAACUUACUGAAUACAGUGCAUGUUUUCUGAGAUGGGAAGGUUGAAGAGAAUGACUGCCAGCCAUGAGAUUAUAAAAAGUAUUUGAUUAAUAUAAUAAGUAUUUUUUAGAUCUACACACUUAAACACGUUAAGUUGGCUCCUUACCUUUUAAAUCCCGAACAGGAGCAUUUCAAAUGUUUUCCCAGAACGCCUCAGCAAUACGCCACAGAUUAAGACAAUCAACUUUAAAGCUGACAUCACGAGUGUCAGAUGUAAAGUCUUGUAGUGAGAAGUAAAUGGUCAGUAUGUAAAAAAAUAGUGUAGGUUACUAGUAAAGUGAUUUAAGUAAAUUGAUUUUUGUCUCAUAGUCAUUGAUGAUAUUCUUUUUGUAUUUUUCCGACUUUUCUUUAUCUUUUUUUUUUUUUCAUUUUGACAGCUAUUAGUAUUAUGAUAGUGAAACUACAUUUCUCAGGAAACCAGCUGUACUCACUUCUCUUAUGAGUUGAUUGCCUUUUUUUUUUUUUUUUUAUUACACCGGGUUUUUCUUAUUUAUUUGAACAGUUGUGAUAACAUUUUAUAUGCAUUUCUACACAUUAUUUUCUAGUUUGGUGUAUUUAAUAUCGACUGCUGGUUUAAAACAAAAACGUGUUUGUGUUUUUAAAGAAACCACUUGGUUUAACCUUGAUUCUGUGUUGGGUUUUUUUGGUUUUCCAUCAAUGACCGAGUAUUAAUUGAGCUGUCGUGUCUGAAUUGUUUGAAUUGUGAUUAUUAGCACAGAUGGAAGUGUUGUAUGAGAGCGUUGUGUGUGUACAGUGUGUUUACAUGAUGGCACUUAGAAACCCCUUGUUAUCCAUGAUCUUGGUCCUUUAAAAAAAUAUUAUUUAGGGUACAAAAUCAUUUUCAACAUCCCCCCCUCUCCACUCAAAUCAUAGGUGAUGUAGAUACAUGAUUUUGUGCAGUGAUUUUAUUAUUAUGAUUCUUAUUAUUUGCCAAAAUGUUUUCAUUGUUAAAGGAAAUCAUUUACAGUCUUGGCCUGUGUGACUACGAGUCGGGUUUCUGUUCGGACAUGUGUCUCAUCCUCUUGUACACCAUCCCCUGGGGUAAAGUAAAAUAAAACUUGGUUGACCACA